GCUGCUCAGCUGCGCCUUUCCACGCUCCUCGUCGCUUCCAUCGCUCACACCACAUGCGUGCUCUCUUUCACAGAGACACAAGAGCCACGGGUACCGGAUCAGCUUGCAGAGGCCGUAGCAUCCAGCUUGGAGGAGCUGCGCGCAGUGUCAAGACGGACGCUUUCACCACCACCAACGGCGAAAAGAAAAAGGCUUGCAAACAUCAUGGCGGAUGAUGCUGGUCCACGGCCAAUUGCUGCUCGGCAUGCGACUUCCAGCGCAGGGACAGGGACAGGGACAGGGACAGGCGCGGAGCAAGGCUCAUCAUCCUCUUUGGAGCCAUUCUGGAGCUCUGCAUUAUCUCGUGCCAGCCCAUCCAUCACCUCGCUACGCCAUCGAUUACCAACGCUUCCCUCUCCGCCUCUUCGAAUCCAGAGGGUCUCUCAACUAGACGCCGAACUGUUGGAUAGCGAGCUGACAACGAUGUUAUUGGACCCUUUGAUGUCUUCCUUGUCCCUCAUCGCGCCUCGACUACCCGAUUCUUUGGGUCCGGAAAUCAGAGCGACGCUAGAAUUGGCCCUCUGGAGAUUCUCCAUCUUGGGCCAGUCGGCAACGUACGGAGCCAUGCUGCAAAAUCUCAGGUACAGAAACGAGUGGGCGCAUCGAGCUAGAGGAUUGCAAAGCACCGCUAGAGAUGCCCCACUGGCCAUGUGGCAGCUGCUGCUUCAUCCGAUCCUCACCAUCGGUGUGCCGUAUGCCCAUGCCAGACUGGAAAGGGACAUGACUGGAAGGAACUUUUCCGAAAGGUCAAGCGACGAUUGGAGGAGGAAAAUUUGGAACGGCAUGGAUGCGUGGGGUAGGAUUCAUGCUGCUUUGGGUCUCGCAAACUUCGUCAUCUUCCUCGGUGACGGCAAGUACCGGACGCUCACAGACAGGCUGCUGGGCAUGCGACUCGUCUACGCCCAACGAACAAUGUCGAGAGCAAUCUCUUUCGAAUUCUUGAAUCGACAGCUCGUGUGGCACGCUUUCACCGAAUUCCUUCUCUUCAUCUUGCCCCUGCUCAAACCACGUCGGCUGCUCAAAAGGCUCAUGCGGCUGCCCACGCAUCCCUGGAUCCUCCGUUUCUGGCUUCUCGUCCUACCUCGACGCGUCACGUCCUUCUUUGGCUUGACGCAAGAUGCGCAGACGGGCAAGCCCAUCCUGCGUCUUCCUGCCAGCCUGACGCGCAGUGGCAGCAAGUCGGGCAAAGACCAAAGCAAGUUCGCAAGCGUGCCCAGACACGUCUGCGCUAUAUGCUACGAAAGGGAGGAGGGACGGCAGGGCGGGAUCGGUGGAGUGGGGAGGGAUGCGAUCAGAGCUGGGAUACCCAGUUCGGAUCCUUUGGAUCCAAGCGCCAAUACGCUGGCCCCUUCCAGGGCCUCAUCAUCCAAUGCCAGUGCGAGCUCCUCGCAGGUCAGACCUGCCCUACCUCGAUCCAGAUCGUCCAAUAGCACAUCCACCGCAGCGCUUCGAGCAGACGAGCCGACAGUGAGCUCAACAGGUAUCGCUUACUCUACAUGCACAGCACACACGCCUUACGUCGUACCCUGCUGCGGAGCUUCUUACUGCUACAUCUGCAUAGCUUCCGUGCUGCUCUCCGAACAAGCAGGCGAAGAGUUGGAGGAUAGCGCAGAAGAUGCUAUAGGAGCGACGACCGAAGCGCGCUCCUCCUUCUCCUCCUCCCCCCUUACGCCCACCUCUCCUCGUUCGCCCGGCUCAUCCUCAGCUUCGGGAAGCAGAUCACCUUCUUUUAGUCAGAGCGGCGGCGGCGGCGCAUUUGGUGAUUCGCAGGCGCACGCUUGGAGCUGCCUCAGGUGCGGUGAAGGCAUCAGAAGCGCAAGAAGAAGAGACGGACGCGAACCCGUGUGGAGAGAAGCGAAACCUUCCCAUCCGACUCGCAGGAGCUUCUCCAGCUCUGCUGAUGACGACGAUGAGGAAGAGCUCGAUCUGCUCAGAUAGAUCUUGUCAUGAUCUUAUACCUCGUAUACCACCACUACCGCUGCUGCCCUUUCUGGCAAUGCUCAUUUCUCGAUCGCGCUCGAAACGGAUCGAAAUCGACAUGCUGCUCGAGCUCACGACGUCCGUUUUCUGAAAUGC